AUCAUAGACGAAAAGAAACCAGGAAGUAAGGAGAAGUUAUUACAGUCUGAACUGAGCCCAGGAUGGGCAAGGCAACAGCCUCUGCAGGUUGGUUACUCAUUAGCAAAAAAGAAAGGGUGGCUGGCAGAACGAGAGAGAGGAGAGCAGCCUGAAGUGUGGGAAAGCUGCGCACAUAGGACAGGUGGGAGACUUCACCUGGGGUUAGUAUCUUUUUUCUUGCUAACAUUUUCUUGGAACACAGAACAAAGUCACUGUUUUCUUAUCUAAAUAAAGCCUCUUACCUUUUUUUUUUAAUUUAAAUUUUUGUUGUGGAAUUCCCUAGCAGACAGGAAGAGAGGUAUCUUCUGACUGAGCGGCUGCCCAUUUUCCACUGGAUUCUGCUCUGGGGCAGCAGCUGCAGCCACGGACAGCGAGGCACUGUGAGUCUUUCCAGGCAGAGCUUGCUGCAACCAGGUCUACAGGACUUGCAUACUCUCCAGAGUAUGGUGAACUGGACCUGAAUUCAAAAUUGUCUGGUGCUGGAGAAAAAGGUGGAUCUGCAGAGAUUACGAGGAAAGGAAAGCCCCUCUCCCCUUCUACUUGGCUAGGCCACAAUGGGCAAUAUUUGUUUGAGGGUCUGGGCGUACUUGCAGCCCUAUCUCCCCUGUGUGUACCAGGACACUGACAGUUCGGUGGUGAUCGAGAAUCCAGGGGCCCACUGUGGCCCUGAACCACCACAGUCACUGAAGCAGAAACCAGAGAGAAGCCACAGCCAGUACUUUGUUGCUUUGUUUGAUUACCAAGCUCGAACCGCAGAGGACCUGAGCUUCCGUGCAGGUGACAAACUCCAAGUCCUGGACUCUUCCCAUGAGGGCUGGUGGUGGGCCAGACACUUGGAGAAAAGGGAAGACAGCGCUGGCCAGCAACUGCAGGGCUACAUCCCUUCUAACUACGUGGCGGAGGACAGGAGUUUACAGGCAGAGCCGUGGUUCUUUGGAGCAAUCAAAAGAGCAGAUGCAGAAAAUCAACUACUAUAUUCAAAAAAUCAGACGGGCGCCUUUCUGAUUAGAGAAAGUGAAAGCCAGGAAGGAGAGUUCUCCCUCUCAGUUUUAGAUGAACGAGCUGUAAAACACUACAGAAUCAAAAGACUGGAUGAAGGAGACUUUUUUCUUACCCAGAAAAAAACAUUUUCGACUUUGAAUGAGUUUGUGAGGUAUUACUCCACAACAAGAGAUGGCCUGUGUGUCAGGCUCGGAAAACCAUGCUUAAAGGUACAGGUCCCUACUACUUUUGAUUUGUCCUAUAAAACUGUGGACCACUGGGAGAUAGACCGCAGUUCCAUUCAGCUUCUGAAGCGACUGGGAUCUGGUCAGUUUGGUGAAGUCUGGGAAGGCCUUUGGAAUAACACCACUUCGGUAGCUGUGAAAACAUUAAAACCAGGUUCAAUGGAUCCAAAUGACUUCCUGAGGGAGGCGCAGAUAAUGAAGAGUCUGAGGCAUCCAAAGCUCAUCCAGCUGUAUGCUGUUUGCACUUUAGAAGAUCCAAUUUAUAUUAUUACAGAAUUGAUGAGACAUGGAAGUCUGCAAGAGUAUCUCCAAAUUGAUGCUGGGUCAAAAAUCCAUCUGGCUCAACAAGUAGACAUGGCGGCACAGGUGGCUUGUGGAAUGGCCUACCUGGAGUCCCAGAACUACAUCCACAGAGAUCUGGCUGCCAGAAAUGUCCUCGUUGGUGAACACAAUAUCUACAAAGUAGCAGACUUUGGACUUGCAAGAGUUUUUAAGCAGGUAGAUAAUGAAAACAUCUAUGAACCAAAAGAUGAAGUAAAGCUACCCGUGAAAUGGACUGCCCCUGAAGCCAUUCGGACUAAUAAAUUUAGCAUUAAGUCUGAUGUGUGGUCAUUUGGAAUUCUUCUUUAUGAAAUCAUUACUUAUGGCAAAAUGCCUUAUAGUGGCAGGACAUGUGCUGAAGUAAUCCAGAUGUUGCGUCAAAACUAUCGACUUCCUCAACCAACUAACUGUCCCCAGCAAUUCUACAACAUCAUGCUGGAGUGCUGGAAGGAGGAGCCUAAGGAACGGCCAACGUUUGAGAGGCUACAAUUGAGACUUGAGGACUAUUUUGAUGCAGACUCGUAUGCAGAAAGAAAUAACCUCGUAAGAUGAAUACUAAAGAAGAAAUAAUGAGGGAAUAAUAAAUUGAAUAAUCAGUCCAGAAAUACAAUCAAUACCAACUGCAAAAAUCAGUUUAUCUUAACAUAGUCAAGUGAUGGGGUAAAUUUGGUCAUGCAUUAUUAAAAUAAUGCUACAUGUGGAUUUUAUUGAUGGAAAAAUACUGCAGGAUAGUUCAAGAUAAUAUAUCAUUUUCUCACUUUACAGUAAAAUCAAACACACUAAAUGAAGUAAUUUUUCUUUUAAAGAGAUACUUACAUUUCUAUUUAUUGUUUUGAAUGAUUAUCAAAAGAAUCAACAGAUGAUAGUCAAUCUUUACUCUGUGGUGAGUAUAGCAUUUUCCUGUUUACUGAUUAGACUGGUUAUUCACUAUUCCUUGGCUUGCUGAAUCCCAUCAGGCUGUUAUUAUGAAGGAAACUGAUUGCUUUAGGGCACAGCAGGACCUGUGCUUUGAGAUUUUUUCGUUUUUAAAAUAUCCUGUAACUACAAUGAUGGCAAAGCUAUGUUAAAUGACUUGAUUGUACUUGAAGUAAUUGCACAUAUUUUUCCUAUGUAUAAAAAAGAUGAAGCAGCUGUUGAAAAAAAGAAUUAAAAUAAUUUUCAUUUUGUAGAAGGAAA